AAUAAUUUCUAUUUUUAUUUAUUUUAAAGUUUCGCGGUUAUACCCCCAAAAUUUUUCCAUCUUCAUUUCAUUCUCUUCUCCAAUACUAAUGUUCAUAAUUUAUAAUUCCUCAACAACAAAAAAAAUUACAGUGGUUCCUCAAUCGAUCCUCGAUUUUCUGCUGCUUACCUUAUCUUAAUCUUGUAGCUGUUCUCUGUAUUUCUCUAUGUUUACGCUUUGAUCGAUCUUUUCUUGUAAUUUAUUGAUGGCGCCAUCAAAAAAGUCUAGGAGCGCUAAUAAGCAGUUUUCAUACACUAAUGAGACCACUUCAAAUAAAAACGGGGAGAACAAUAACAAAAGAAGGCAAAGGAAGAGAAAAUUAUCUGACAUGCUGGGGCCACAAUGGAGCAAGGAAGAGCUUGAACGUUUCUACAGGGCAUAUCGUAAGCAGGGGCAAGAUUGGGAGAAGGUAGCCAUUGUGGUGCGUGACCGAUCUGUAGAAAUGGUAGAAGCCCUGUAUACCAUGAAUAAAGCUUACUUAAAUCUCCCGAAGGGAUAUGCUUCUGCAGCUGGACUAAUAGCAAUGAUGACAGAUCACUACACUAAUAUGGAAGAAAGUGAUAGUGAACAAGAAACUAAUGAGCCUGUAGUAGCUCCUCGAAAACCUCCAAAACGUGCUCGGGGAAAUAAAGAGUUAGAUGAUUCCCCAGUUCCAGAUCUGAUGCAAUCCCAGUCAUCUGCAUCAAACUAUGGCUGCUUGUCACUAUUGAAGAAGAGGCGCACUGGAAGCAGGCCUUGGGCAGUUGGGAAAAGGACUCCCCGUGUCCCUGUUUCAUUUUCCUAUGAUAAAGACAACGGAGAGAAGUAUAUUUCACCGAUUCGACAAGGUCUGAAAUUCAAAGCUGAAGCUUUGGAAGAUGAGGUUGCUCAUGAGAUAGCAUUAGUGUUGACAGAAGCUUCACAAAGAGUUGGCUCUCCCCAAGUUUCUCGAACACUAAACAGAAAAACAGAGACACCGUCACCUGUUCAGAAUGGGGAACAUGUGUAUGCUGAAUCAGAGAUGACCAGCUCCAAGCUUCGUAGUAGCGAGAUGGAUGAAGGUGGUUGUGAAUUAAGCUUAGGAAGCACUGAAGCUGAUAUGGAACAUUAUGCAAGAGAUCAAUUUCUCUUGAAGAAGAGAUGUUAUGAAAGGAAGCCAGAGCUAGAAGAAAGUACAGACAAUCCUUUGGAUGACAUUAAGGAGGCUUGUAGUGGAACGGAGGAAGGACAGAAUUUGGGUGGUAACAAAGGGAAAUUUGAAAUGGAGGUUGUAGGUACAAAAGUUGGGAGGUCAUCGAAUAAGGGUCCAAGGAAGCGAAGCAAAAAGGCUCUUUUUGGAGAUGGUGAAGCAGAUGCUGUUGAUGCAUUGCAAACUUUAGCAGAUAUGUCAUUGCUGUUGCCAGAAGCAGCUGUUGAUACUGAGUCAUCUGUGCAUGUUGAAGAACAACAUUCUAGAGUGGUUGCCAAGUCCAAGUUGAAAGGGAAUCAUUCAACUGCUGUAGUUAAAGUCGCCUCCCCAAGAAAAACUAAAGGAAAAGUUUCCUCUCAUGAUGUUAUUCCUAUGGAAAAAGUAAAGGAUACAGUGCACGAAAGCAACUCUGGAUUGAAAAGGAGAAAGAGAUUCCUGCCAUUUAAGUUGCAGAGAUUAAAAAUUAAAGAGCGUGUCAAUUCUCAUUUGGGUGAAACUCUGAAGGUCAAGGGCACAGAUGUUGAUGUCAAUCUAUUCAAAGAAAAACAGUCCCGUGAUACUACAUACCAAAAACAAGGGAAGUUGGUGAAACCUCGAGAAUUUACCUCCAGUACUGACCAUGGAAAGGAGUCGAAUGAUUCAGCUCCAUCUUCCGUACAAGUAUUAUCUUCUAAACAAUUCAGCUUACCUACCAAAUUGAGGAGCAGGCGUAAGAUAAACCCACCCAAACCAUUAACUGACAAAAACAUCCAGUCUUCAGAGGAUAUUGUAGAUGGCCAAUACAAUACAGCCAAUUCUUCACUCAAAGACAGCACACGGAGUCUUCAGAAAAAGCUUUCUAAUUGCCUGUCCUGGUACCAAGUUCGGAGAUGGUGUAUUUUUGAGUGGUUCUACAGUGCAAUUGAUUACCCAUGGUUUGCUAAAAGGGAGUUUGUGGAAUAUCUGGAUCAUGUUGGAUUGGGUCAUAUUCCAAGAUUAACUCGUGUUGAAUGGGGUGUCAUAAGAAGCUCCCUUGGUAAACCUCGGAGAUUUUCAGAACAAUUCUUGAAGGAAGAAAAAGAGAAGCUUAAUCAAUACCGACAAUCUGUCAGAAAACAUUAUACAGAACUUCGUGCUGGUACCAGAGAUGGACUUCCAACUGAUUUGGCUAGACCCUUGUCAGUUGGGCAGCGGAUUAUUGCGCUUCAUCCCAGAACAAGAGAGAUUCUUGAUGGAAGUGUACUGACUGUAGAUCAUAACAGGUGCCGUGUUCAGUUUGACCAACCUGAACUAGGGGUUUUAUUUGUCACGGACGUUGAUUGCAUGCCCUUAAAUCCAGUGGAAAACGUCCCAGCUUCCCUUAGUAGGCAGAAUGUUUUCAAUAAAUACAUUGAGAACAUGAAUGAGCUCAAAAUGAAUGGGCAACCAUCCGAAAGGAAAAUGGAAGGAUAUAUAAAAUUUGCUCCCAGUGAGAAUCUGGAGAACACCGAUGAUCUUCUGCAUGCUUCCCCUUCAACUCAUCACAUUGGCAAUUUAUUGCAGCAUGGAAGGGGCUGUUCGGCAAAUUCAAAUACACAUGUUAGCAUUGGAGCAGGUGACACUAUUCUUAACCACCAAGCUGUCAAUGCUCAACCUCUUAUUCUUGCACACAUCGAAGCAAAGGAUGCUGACGUUCGAGCACUUUCUGAGCUGACUCGUGCUCUUGACAAGAAGGAGGCUGUGGUGUCUGAGUUGAAGCGCAUGAAUGACGAGGUGAAGAACCAAAAUGAUAGAGAAAAUUCUCUAAAGGAUUCUGAACUAUUUAAGAAGCACUACGCUGCUGUACUUUUGCAGUUAAAUGAAGUCAAUGAACAGGUUUCAUAUGCUCUCUUUUCCUUGCGGCAGCGCAACACAUAUCAAGGAAACCACACACAACUGUGCUUUAAGCCCACGACUUGUAUGGCUGAACCAGUUGGACAGUGUAUUUCUUUUGAUGGUUCUGCAGAUGAGACCCAAGAAUCUGGAUCUCAUGUGGUUGAAAUUGUUGAAAGUUCAAGAGCAAAAGCUCAGACAAUGGUUGAUGCAGCUAUGCAGGCGGUAUCAUCAUUGAAAAAGGAGGGGAGCAACGUCAAGAGUAUGGAAGAGGCUAUCGAUUUUGUAAAUAACAAACUUUCAACAGGUGGCUUAAGUGCACCGGUCGCGCAAACUUCUACCCCUCCAAAUUCAGUUCCUAGCACUGUUGCCGCUCAGGAUCAGUCGAGUUCCUGCAAUGUUAAUGCGGGAGCAAGUAGUCAAUCCCUUGUGAAUGGAUUGGACCAAAUGUCCGAUGCAAAUGAAGAGCGGAUUCCUUCUGAACUAAUAACACAAUGUGUAGCUACUUUGCUCAUGAUUCAGAAAUGUACAGAAAGACAAUUUCCGCCGAGUGAUGUUGCACAAGUACUAGAUUCUGCAGUUACAAGUUUAAAGCCAUGUUGUUCACAGAACCUCCCAAUAUAUGCUGAUAUUCAGAAAUGCAUGGGGAUUAUUAGAAGUCAGAUAUUAGCUCUCAUACCAACAUAGCUCAUAAAAUAGUUGCGCUUUUUUUAUUGUUAUUUUUCCUUGUAAAAUGUACCAUAUAAUCAAGCGGCCCCAGCCACCUGAAUCAGAGAUAUAUUCCCAAAUCCCCCAUUUAUAUCCUGUUUCUUAAUCUUACACAGGGAUCUGUACAUGUACUGAAAUACCACGAAUACUGCUCUGAAUACAAUAAUUAGCCACAUCUUA